AACACCUGCCAAUCAAAACGCCCGCUGCACGGGCAUCGCUGGCCCGCUAGCCCGUAACUGAUGGACCUACCGAAAUCACGAUCGUUAGCCAUGGUCCCGAACGUAGCCUUAACAGCGCAGACCCCACCGGCGCGCAUACCCAGGCUCAAGUACAGAAACCCACUGCCGGCACACAACGUCCCACACACGGCCCAAGGCACAGCGCCCCACCGUGCAUAUAGUAGCCAGGACGCGCCCACCACGCUCGCUCCAGAGUCCAGCACCACUCGCUCGCCCGCUGCCAUUCACUCCCUUUCCAAACCGACCUCUGUGACGUCAUCCAGUCUGGCUUCCCUCGCCUCCACCGCUUCUUCCACAAAUGACGCCCGGUCGUCCAGGAAGAAGAAAAAGGCCAGCUCUGUGCUCGGCUUCCUUUCCCUAAAAGAACCCUCGCAGGCCGCCCUCGACCAGUAUGCACAGCAGCAGCGCAAGCAGACGGCCUCGUCGGCAUCCUCGACUCCCCAGUCCAGAGCCACGCCCACCCACGCCACCCAGCCGCUCCCUCACAACGUGCCCAAGGUCAAUUCCAAGUGGGAUGGCGUGCCCGAAUCCGUCAAGAGCCGGAGCUCGACAUCAUCCAAUGCCUCGGCGAGGGACAACAAGUCGGGCGUCUUGUCCAGAAGCUCCUUCUCCUCGUCUCUCAAGAGCAAUCGAUGGAACGAUUCCAAGCUCUCCAUCAUGACCGACGGCACACGCAACCCGCCAAACUCGAUUGCCUCCAUCUCCGUCUCAAGUCUGUCGGUUCACGACAUGGUCCAGUCUCCUACGUCUUCCGCAGCUGCGCCCUCCUUCCCAGAUGGCCCAGUCACCCCUCCCUCUACACACGGAACGGGUCUCUUCAGCUCCCAGUCAACACUCAAAAUGUCCGACUCAACGUCCAGUGAGCGUCCGAGCCUAGAUGGAUCCACUCACUCGAGACCUGACUCGCCUGCCUCUUCCAUGUCAUCCGCCGACACAAUUAUCAUGGACACGGCAGACACCAUUUUCAGGAAGAUGAGCGCACGUCCAAACCAGGCAGCCUGGGGUGGAGAGGAAGAUGCCGCCGAGUCCCCGCAAGAUUGCACGCCGGAUUAUGUGCCAGAAUCACAUGACUUUCUUUUCCAGACGCAGCCUACUGUCGAGCCCCAAAACGACGAGCAGCCCGCCACAUUCAAUAACUAUCCCGUCGACCUCUUUGCUCAUUAUUCUCCCAUACGGCCUGUCCAAAACUUCAGUCGACCCACGGGACCACAAGGCCAACCAAUUCAGCGCAAGCCGUCCAUGUCGCUGUACAGGAGAACACCAUCAGCACCCGCACUGCCCACCCUAUACGAGGCCUCGGUAACCAGUCUAGACGAAGAUGAAGAUAAGGAAGAGGAGGAUGGGAAUGAAGAUGCCUAUUCGAUUGCGCCUUCCACCAUUGCACCUUCUGAGCUUUCCAAGCACUGGUACGAGUCUCCACGCGAACGUCUCGGACUGGGCAGGCGUCUUCAAAUCAAUGACGUCUUGCCCUGGGAGGAGCAGAAAGGUGCUGCAGCACCGUGCGGUCCUCGGCGAUUUCCCAUCGACGCAGAACAGACACACCAAGCUUAGCUGGACUAUCUCUUGUACAAUGUUCUUUUCCCUUUUAUCCGCGCAUGGCCGUCUUUUUUUUUUACAGGUACAAUGCCUUUGCAGCAAGUACUUUUUAUCUGUCCUAUAAAGAUACCCAUUUACGAACUCGACUCGACCCGACCUGUUUCGCUCUUACGGCUGUAUUUACAUAGUUGCCGAUGCCUGUCAUCUGUUUUAGUCGGGCCAUACCGUACUAAUUGUUUCCUAUCUUCUUUUCCCUUUUUUCUUUUCCUUUGUCUCCUCCUCAGCUGGUAUCGAUGGAAAGAAGCAAGACUUUGUAAGCUCUUCUCGGAAAUUUCAUAAUGUUUUUUUUUCUUAUCUUUCUUUUCAUCUCUCACCCAAAUCCAACUCCAGAACACACACAUACACACACACACACAAGAGUGGAAAUCAGAUUAUAGUAUCC